AUGAGCUCUCAGCGAAGCCAGAUCGUGCGCGCGCCUUCAGAGGAGACCAUAACCGGCAAUAAAUCCGUCUUCCUCGCAGGCACAACUACCGCCGUGGACAAUGUUGACUGGCGCGAGAAGCUGUCUGCCUCGCUCUGCGAGCACCCGAUAACCAUUUUUAAUCCCAACCGCCCAGACUGGGAUAGCACAUGGCGCGAGGACGUUAACUUUGCACCCUAUCGUGAGCAAGUCCUGUGGGAGCUCGACAAACAGGUCAAGGCCGACCUUGUUGUGGUAUACUUCCACCCAGCUACGUUGGCUCCGAUAAGUCUUUUGGAACUCGGUCUUUCUGCACAGGUUCCAGGCAAAGUUAUUGCCAUAGCUCCGGAGGGAUACGCGAAGAGGGGUAAUGUGCAAAUUGUUUGUCAGAAGUUUGGGAUUGAGUUCCUGGAUAAUAUGGACGAGUUACAUGGGAUUAUCAUUGAUAAGUUACAAUUGAAUUGA